CUUGAUCUGUGGUGGUUUGGUCUCUUGCGCAUCAACUUGAGAAAGCCGACAGUGCAUUAUAAAGGGAGAACGGACAGUUCAUUACAACGAAAGCGCCGCAUAUAUUGGCCCAAAAAUAACAAAUCUUUUUUUUUGUUUUUUUGUCCGGCCUUUGUCCGGUCUUACGCUGGAGCUGUAGAGGAAGAGAUACGUUAUGGGGGUGUUUAUAACAGAGAUACAGUACCUUACCUUCAUCACAACUCCCCUGUCCUCGUAUCAUUGUGUAGCCUAGCAGGGACAGUGAGGCCAUCACGCUAAACCAUUAUGACGGGUACGACAGAUUUCAGCCAUGCCAUGGGCGAUAUUGAAACCAACGACGCCGAUUACGAAUAUGAUGAGGGUUAUACAGACGAGGUCUGUAACAAGAACGGCGUUGUCAAGUUUGGCUCCAUCGCCACCCCUGCCUUCUUCUCUGUGGUGACUAUCCUGAGUCUAGCGGGCAACAUCCUGGUCCUGGCCAUCCUGGCCAAGUACGAGAACCUCAAGUCUCUCACCAACAUCUUCAUCCUCAACUUGGCCCUAUCUGACCUGGUUUUCACCUUUGGUCUGCCCUUCUGGGCAGCCUACCACAUCUGGGGCUGGACCUUUAGCCUGAUCCUCUGCAAGACCGUUACCUUUGUCUUCUACGCUGGCUUCUACAGCAGCGUUUUGUUCCUGACCAUCAUGACUAUCCACCGCUACCUGGCCGUGGUGCAUCCUCUGUCCGACCAUGGUUACCAAAGGGGCUGCUACGGGGUCACAGUCUCUCUCGUCAUCUGGGUUGUUAGUUUUGUGGCGGCCGUCCCUGCUUUGAUUUUCAGCUCUGUCCAAAAGAACCCCCAUGAAGAAGACAACCAUUUUUACUGUGAAUACUGGGAUCCGCUGUGGAAGAGAGUGGGCAGCUACCAACAGAACAUCUUCUUCUUGGCUGCUUUUGCAGUGAUCGGGUUCUGCUAUGUGAGGAUAUUGAGGACAAUCUUCAAGUCAAGGUCACACAUGAGGAAUCGAACCGUGAAGCUGAUCUUCAGUAUCGUGGCAGUAUUUUUCAUUGGCUGGGCGCCUUACAACGUAGUGAUAUUUCUGAGGUUGUUGACUGACUAUUCCGUAGCACCUUUCAAUACUUGUGAGGUCAGCACAUGGCUUGACUAUGGGUUCUAUGUGUGUCGACUGAUUGCUUUCUCCCACUGCUGUCUCAACCCUGUCUUCUACGCAUUUGUUGGGAUUAAGUUCAGAAAUCACUUGAAGGUGAUCUUGCUGAAGCUUUGCCAUCGCCAAAGCACCAUGGAUACACAACAGAUUAGAUUGCCUAACAUUUACUCGAUGGGAUCAAUGUACUAGCACAGGGGUCUUCAAUCUUUUCUUGCCCAGGGACCCACGCCAGGCAAACCGGCGACCCAAAAUAAGUCACAUCUUGUUAAAUCAAAAUCUAAUUUAUUGGUCACAUACACGUGUUUAGAAGAUAUUAUUGCGGGUGUAGUGAAAUGCUUGUGCUUCUAGCUCUGACAGUGCAGUAAUAUUUAACAAGUAAUAUCUAACAGUUUCACAACAACUACCCAAAAUACACGUAAAUCUAAGUAAGGAAUGGAUUAAGAAUAUAAAUAUAUGCCAGAGUGGCAUUGGACUAAGAUAUCGUAGAAUAGUAUAGAGGACAGUUUAUACCUAUGAGAUGAGUAAUGCACUAUUUACACACAAUUAAAGUGACUAAGAU